GUUCGAUGGUAAUAAUCAGAUAAUGCAGCCCGAAUAAUCUUGUAAAGGGUAUGCUGUCAUGAUUGGUGGAUCGUAUUACAUAAUCAUACCGCAGGGACGUCGUAACUAGUAGCAUGAAACAAUAAACUCUUGCUACUGCCCCCGUCGAUUUCUCUAUGGAUCGACCAUUCGCCGACUCUACCACCAUUUACGAAAACUCCAACAUAUGAUGGAGAACCUUCACGAACCGCCGCAGCCAGGCCCCUCCCAAUUGGCCGGUCCCAUGGCCCAGGGUUUAGGACGCGGCGCACCACCGCAGCCCCAGCAGCUGCCUCCUCAGAUGUUCACAACUGCUGCGCAAUUAUUAGAUCUCACCGAUAAGAAGCUUCUCGUAUGCCUAAGAGAUGGCCGCAAGUUAACCGGAGUCCUAAGAAGCUGGGACCAGUUUGCAAACCUAGUACUUCAAUCUACUAUCGAGCGCAUAUAUGCCACGACGUCCGACCCCGCAGAGACCCAGCCCAAGGGCCUCUAUGCCGACCAAUCCCAUGGCAUAUUCUUAGUUCGAGGCGAGAAUGUGCUUCUGCUUGGGGAGAUUGACCUGGACAAAGAUGAUGAUCCACCGCCAGGAUUCGAGAAGGCCGAGUUUGGCGUGGUAGAAAAGCUAGCGAAGGAACGACGAGCGGUGGAGAGGGCCAAGGAAAAGAAUAAGCUUAAGAAACUCGCCACACUCGGAUUCGAAGGAGAGAAUAUGGGCGAGAUCUUGCUUUAGAUGGAGACAAGACGAGACUAGAGACCAACUGGGAUCAGACAAAUCGUGCCACGUUGAAGAGAAAAGGAAGAAAUACGCCGUGUGGAAAUAGAUACAUCCGCAAUGGCAGGAGGGACAGAAUAUUGUGAAAUGUCUCUUCUUCGUCAAUCCCUCCACUAGACCAACGGUCUUAUGGAUGGGGAUUGACAGUUAGGAA